AUGUCCUCGUCUAACCCCACCAAUUUCAGAGAUGAUGGACCUAAACUCAGGGAAGAAAAGCAUUUUGCCGAUUUCUAUCCUGAACUCAAUCAGCAAGAGCUCUUGCCGGUCAUUUUAGAAGACAAUUGUCACUCGCCGGGGCCACAUCGAGAAUUGGAAGCCUCAGAUAGCAUUACUGGCGCUAUUUCUAAGUCGAAUAAUAGAAAUGCAGAUAUGGCGCUUAUAAAGCAAAUGAUUUACAACGAGAAAUUGACCUUGGAGCCGAUUGUUCUUGACAAGGAUCGUGUCAGAUUCAAAAAAUGCAAACUGCGAGUUGCUGACAUGGGGAGAAACUCCCGGGUUGGUAAGCAAUACCAAAAAUAUGGUUUUCUUGGCGGAGGUUCUGUGGGAAAAUUGGGAAAAGCAGGAUCACCAUAUAUCAAACGAACAGAUGAUUACACCAUGAAAAGGGUUGACACACUGGGCCACAUUUCGAGAUAUCAAGCUAAUUUUAAAGUUGAGUACGAUAUGGAUGAACAAGAUGACUUGUAUUUGCGGUAUCUUAACCAAAUUCGCGUCACUAAUCCCAAAAAUAGUCUCACUCACGAAGCUUUUGAAAUCAUCAUGAGCGUCCUAGAAAAUGAGUGGUUCUAUUUGGAAAAGAAAAUCCCACCUCGAAUUUCUACAACUUCAAACGUCUCGACCUGGGAAACAAGAGCGGCCUGGGCUCAUUACGAGGCGUACGGAUCCGAUGAUGGCACUGGAAAUGUGGCUGAUCAACCGUGCGCGGUAUGCGGAGGUACCGAUUGUGACAAUUCGAAUGCAAUAGUGUUUUGCGAUGGAUGUGAUGUAGCGGUUCACCAGGAGUGCUAUGGCGUAGUAUUUAUCCCAGAGGGCCAAUGGCUUUGCCGCAGAUGCAUGAUUUCAAGAAAUAGAAAAAUUAACUGUCUUUUUUGUCCUAGUCAUACAGGUGCUUUCAAACAAACCGACCGAGGAUCCUGGGGGCAUGUUGUCUGUGGAAUUUGGAUUCCUGAGCUUUUUUUUGUGAACUCUCACUAUAUGGAACCUAUUGAGGGCAUUGAUUCAAUCCCGAGAUCGAGGUGGAAGCUUACGUGCUACAUAUGCAAGCAAAAGGUGGGCGCCUGCAUUCAAUGUUCAAACAAGAACUGUUUCAGUGCAUAUCAUGUCACUUGCGCCAAGAGAGCAGGACUCUGUAUGGAUUUCGGUUCGUGCUCAAUUUUGGAGGCUUCCUCCAAUGCUCCUGGGAUAAAUCUACGGAGCUUUUGCGAUAAGCAUUCACCCGAAGGUUGGCCUGAUUGCAAGCAAGGCAUUGUGAAAACGCGAAACUACUUUGCUGCUGAGAUUAGGAGUGCAGUCGAGGGGCACACAGAAGCCGUUGAAAAACGACCGAAACAUUCAAACCAAAAGGGACAGUGGAAAACGAAUCGUGGAACGCCGAUAGCUCCGCAAUACUUCUCAGGAAUAGUUCAAAAAGUGCUGGACACCUUCAAGAUCGAGAAUAGCAACAAACUGUCCACAGAUUUGUGCAAGUACUGGUCAAUGAAGCGUGAGCUCAAGAGAGGCGCUCCAUUGGUGAGAAAGUUUGAUCCAUCUUCGUUCGGUACCUUUACGGUUGACGAGCUAAAUCAUCGCGUUGAGUUUGCUAAAGUGCUUUCCAAUGACCUCCAAAAGCUACAGCAACUCUCUCACACCCUUACUGAUAGACAGGUUGCGUUACAGUUGCGCAAUCGCGCUCGUCAAAAGGCCGAAGAGCUUUACAACUAUCCUGGGAAAUUCAUUUUGCGAGAGGCGAUCGUCAAAAGAAUGGGCAAUUUUUCAUCCUACAGGGCUCUUAUGCAAGAGAAACGCACUCGUGAUGCUUUAUCUAGUACGAUUGAAACUUGCUUGGGCUCCCAGAAAGACGAUCAUCUGGCGCUUUUCGAACAACUCAUGACUGUGUUCUUUGCAGAGAUUGAAGGAGACGAAAAGGCAUCCCGAAGAAUGAAAGGAGAGGCAAAGAAACUUCAGGUACAUAUCAAUACGCUGUUAGGUUCAGUCAACGUUGCUCAGUUUCGAAAGUGGAUUGCUCAGGAUUUCACUUUCGAGAAGGGUAAAAUCAGGCCCUUGCCGUGGAAAGGGCCUUUAUUGAUGACAGAAUCAGGAUUAGAAGAAAUAGCCGAGCUAACACACUCUGAAAUGCGCAUUUUGAGGAAUGCAAUGGACGGGAAGUAG